AUGAGAACCUUCUCUUUCCUCCUAAUCCUUCUACUCGCUGCUCACGAAGUUGUUCCUCUCCGCUACUAUUCACUUGCGGACACCUUCCAAUCAGUUUUAGAUACUGAAAAAGCUUUGGAAGAAGAACUGCGAGUGAAUCUGGAGAAUGCGAGAGCUGCGAAAGAGAAAUAUCAAGCAGAUGCUCAGAAAAAGCUGAACGAAACGUUGUCGGCAGUGGCGGAGGCUGUGAAGCAAAAAGCUGAUGAGAUUGAGAAAGAGAAACAGGUACACAUAUUGGUUCAAACCAUUCAAGAUGAUCCUGGUCUUGAUUUCAGGAAAAACAAGCGGAAAAGAAAGCUAAAGAAGAGGCUGCAGUCGAAAAAUGGAAGGAAGUUUCCGAGCAAGUCGGCCAGUUUGUGGAAGAUUUGAAAGAGAAAAAACAAGCGAAAGAUCAGGAGAGACAGCAGGUGAAUUCGUCUUACCCUUUUCUUCAAAAUAACUCUGUAUCUUUAGAAAAUCGAUGAUUUUGUCAAAAGCGUGACUGAUAAAAUUAAGCAAAAAGGAGAGGAGAAAGAGAAGAAACAACAGGAGCAAAUUGAGGUGAACAGCUGAACUGAGAACAGAAUUUUCAGCGAUUUACACUUUUCCUUUAGCAAUGGAAACAAGUGGCCGAGAAGCUUCGUCAACAAAGAGAAGAUCUGAAGCAACAAAUCAACGCGGCGAAACAAAAGUUCGAUGAACGCAAAAAACAGAAAUUAGAAGAGUUGAAACAAGAUUUGGCCCAAGUGAAAGAACUGAUUACCGCCGAAGUCAAACGACGUGUUGAGGAGAAGAACCAGAGAUUGAGCGAGCAAAAGGAGAACCAGCAAGUUCUUCAGCAGCAGAUUUAUGUAGGACACUCACUCAAUACAAACUGAAACCUUUUCUGCUUCAGGAUAAGUUCUCAGAGCUCAAAGGGCAAGGAAACAACGUCGAGGAGCAGACUCAAACAUACGAGGCAAAGAAAGAAGAACUUUCAGAUUUGAUUCAGGUAACUGUCUCGAGAAUGCAGAUCUGUAGACGAAUUGUACUUGCAGGAUCUCAUCCGCCAGAGUGUGAAUGAUAAGAUUUCGAAUCAAAUUUCUGAUAAACUUCAGAACCAGCUGGACAAAGAAGCUCUUCAGGAAGUUUUGAAUGAGGAGAAGGCGGAGCAUUCUGGAAAACCGCUUCUGGAAGAGAACCCAGUUGACAUUGCCCCGAAAGCAACGAUUUUAGACGAGUAAGAAAGCAGCCCAGUAAAGUUCUCAUAAAUUACAUAGUUUUCGUUCAGAAUCACCGGAAAAGCAGCCUGGGAGACGGUCACUUGGGUUCUUCUUGCUCUUUGCAUUCUUCUCUCCGUCGCCCUCAUCAUCAUCAUCAUCUACCAAGUGAAACAGCGCAGCAUGUACGAACGCCUCGACGGACACAACCAUUCCCAGAACCACGGAUCCUCGGAAACUGCUCCUCUUCUUCCGCCGGCAGCAACUCCAAUCACCGCACCACCUCUUGCUCCAGCCAAGGAGGAGCAACAGUUCUAA